UUGCCUUACUCAGCAAAUCCGGUAACCAGAUGACAGCCUUGGAACCACACCGAGUUUCUGUUCACAUUUGAUUGCAUUAUGUCGUACACCGGCGGACACAUUCAGGCCGACCACCCCACGGUCAUCAAGGCCUACGAUUAUCGCACGGCCGAGUCAUGCUGUGCCUACCUGAUACCGCAUCUCCAGCCCCAUCAAACCAUCCUCGACGUCGGAUGCGGACCCGGCAACAUCACCGAGGGGCUCGCCAAGCUCUGCCCCGAAGGUCGGACCAUUGGCGUCGACAUAUCGCAGGGAGUCAUCGACCACGCCAUCUCGCGAUAUUGCGGCCCAGAAGUCCCCAACCUCUCUUUCCAAGUCGGUGACGCCGGGUCUCUGGAACAGUUCCCAGACAACAGCUUCGACGUCGUCCACGCUCACGGCUGCCUCCUGCACGUUGCCGACAAGAUCAAGUCCCUGGAGGCCUUCCUGCGCGUCUGCAAGCCCGGCGGCAUCAUCGCCGUCCGUGACGCCAUGUCAUUCGGCACCAUCUGGUCGCUGGAGCCGGACCUGCCAGGCAUCCGGGAGCAAUGGGGCAAGCAGCGUGAGGCGCUGGUUUACAUGGGAUCCGACCCGGACACGGGCUUGAAGAAGAAGCAGUGGGCUCAGCAGGCCGGAUACGAAAAGAACGGCGGCCGCAUUUUCAUUAGCCAGAGCCCACAACACAUGGAGGUUGCCUUGCGCAACUUUGAGGGAGAGACGGGAGAGGGCGCUGUCAAGACGGGCUUUUUGACGCAGGAGCAGGUAGAUAGGUUCAAGGCGGCGUGGGAUGAGUGGGAGGCCACCGAGGGCCACGAGCUGAUCUGCCCCGCGGUUGAUAUGUUAUGUUUCAAGGGCAGAGAGGCGAGGUAG